AUGGCCGUACCCGACGCCAUUGACCCGCUUUCGCCCGGCUUUUCGCCAGCCGCCUGGUUCAAUGCCGCAGCAGCAUCCAGGGCCGGCUCCAUCCCCAAGUCCCUCGGGGUGUCGGUCCGCAAUCUGACCGUCCAUGGCUUUCGUUCGUCCACUGACUACCAGCAAACGUUCGGCAACUAUCCGCUAGCUUUGCUGCAGGCGGUCGGCGCCCGGCUCUUCAGAACCACCCGCGUUGACAUCAUACGCUCGUUCGAUGGUUUGGUCAGGAGUGGCGAGAUGCUUUUGGUGCUGGGUCGGCCUGGGAGCGGCUGCUCGACCCUACUGAAGACGCUGGCCGGAGACACUCACGGCCUUUCUGUGCAUCCGGACUCGCACAUCAACUAUCAAGGCAUCCCACCCGAAACCAUGCAUUCCGAGUUCCGUGGGGAGUGCACCUACACCGCCGAGGUCGACGUCCACUUUCCAGAACUCACUGUCGGCGAGACGCUCGGCCUGGCGGCGCGCGCCAGAGCAGCAGCAUGUCCGCUCCAGGGCGUGUCGGCUCAACACGUGCGAGACGUGCUCGUUGCGCUUCUCAACCUCCAGUCCGCCGUCGACACCAAACUGGGCAACGAGCUCAUCCGCGGCGUCAGCGGCGGCGAGCGCAAACGGGUCAGCAUCGCAGAAGCCCUUGCGGGAUGGAGCCCGCUGCAGUGCUGGGACAACGCCACGCGCGGGCUAGACAGCGCCACCGCGUACGGCGUCGUGCAGACGCUGCGGCUCUACACGCGCACGGCCGGAGCCGCCGCUAUAAUGGCCGUGUACCAGGCGUCGCAAGCCAUAUACGACUCCUUCGACAAAGUGACCGUGCUGUACGACGGGCUCCAGAUCUUCUUCGGCAGCGCGGACGAGGCGAGGGCAUACUUUGAGCGUCUCGGCUUCGCGUGCCCGCCCAAGGCCACGACGGCCGAUUUCCUGACCGCGCUCACGCACCCCGCCGAAGCGAAGGCCCUCGUGCGCGAGGGCUGCGAGCUGCGCGCUCCACGGACCGGCGAGGACUUCAGGCAGGCGUGGCUGAGCAGUGAACACCGUGCCCGCCUGCUCGACAGCAUCGCCGAGUUCGAGCGUGACUUUCCUCUCCGCGGCCCGCACAUGGGUCUUUUCCGCCGUGCGCGUGCGGCCGAAAAAGCCCCUUCGCUGAGUCGAAGCUCGCCUUACUCCAUUUCCACUUCCGACCAGAUGCGGCUGUGCAUCCGUCGAGCUUUCCAGAGACUACGCAACAACUGGGGUCCGCCGCUUUCGGCCAUUCUCGGGAACGUGGUCAUGGCCAUCAUUGUCGGAAGCAUCUUCUACGACCUUGAUGAAACGACGAAUAGUUUCUACAGCCGCGGAGUACUGAUCUUCUUUGCCGUCUUGCUCAACGCCUUCAUGAGCUCAUUCGAGGUCCUCACCAUGUGGGCCCAACGGCCAAUCGUGGAAAAGCACAGCAGAUACGCCUUUUACCAUCCGUUUGUUGAAUCAGUAGCGUCCAUGCUCGCUGAUCUACCGGCGAAGAUUAUCACGUCCUUGCUAUUCAAUCUGACCCUCUACUUUAUGACUAAUCUUCGUCGGACUCGUACUGCAUUCUUUACUUUCUACCUCUUUACAUUCACCUGCCUUAUUGUCAUGUCCAUGUUCUUCCGUAUGGUUGGGUCGAUGUCCCGCACAAUGGCGCAGACGAUGGCUCCCGUUGCCAUUUUUUUGGUAAAUUAUAUCAUCUACACCGGCUUUGUCGUUUCGAUUCCCUACAUGCAUCCCUGGCUGCAAUGGAUUAGGUACAUCGACCCUAUGAGCUACGCCUUCGAGUCUUUGAUGGUAAACGAGUUUCAUGAUCGAAAUUUUACGUGUGCGACCUUCGUCCCGCAAGGCCCUUUGUACACCAAUGCUGGUCCUACGGAGAAGGUGUGCUCUGCAGUUGGUGCGGUGACGGGACAAGACUUUGUAGACGGGGACACGUACAUCGGAUUGAGUUUUUCCUACCAUCACUCACGCCUGUGGAGGAACUUGGGUAUCGUGAUUGGAAUAGGCUGCUUUUUCUGCUGCGCGCAUCUGCUGGCCUCCGAGUUCAUCCAAGCCGAGCGCUCGAAAGGCGAAGUCUUGCUUUUCCGCCGCGGCCUGGGCCCGCAGCUCAGCAGCAGUACUCCGGCCGACGAGGAGGACGAGGCAGCCACCACCCCUACUGCAAGCGUGCACGCGUCCACCCAACUGCCCAAAGGCAACACGCAGCCGAACCAGCAGCAGCCGCAGCAAGACACUGCCCGGCCGUCGACGCCGUUCCGACCCCACAACCAAGGGGGCCGCGCCGUCAUCCACUGGGACGGCGUCAACUACGACAUCCGGACGGACAAGGGCCCGAAGCGGCUCCUCAGCGCGGUCGACGGCUGGGUGCGGCCGGGCACGCUGACGGCGCUGAUGGGCGUGACGGGCGCGGGCAAGACGACGCUGCUGGACGUGCUCGCGGGGCGCGCGACGGCCGGCGUCGAUCAGUCCGGCGAGGUCAUCAUGGUGGACGGGCGCGCGCGCGACGGCAGCUUCCAGCGGAAGACGGGCUACGUGCAGCAGGCGGAUCUGCAUCUGCGCACGGCGACGGUGCGGGAAGCGCUGAGGUUCAGCGCGCUGCUGAGACAGCCGGCGGAGGCGCCGGAGCGGGAGAAGCUGGCGUAUGUGGAGGAGGUGAUUGGGGUGCUGGAGAUGGAGGCGUACGCUGAGGCUGUUGUGGGCGUGCCGGGAGAGGGUCUCAAUGUGGAACAGCGGAAGCGUCUUACCAUCGCUAUUGAGAUGGUGGCAAAACCCGAGUUUCUUCUUUUCUUAGGUAGCCAGACAGCCUGGUCGAUUUGCACAUUGCUCCGGAAGCUGGCAUUGAGCGGGCAGGCAAUCAUGUGCACUUUGCACCAGCCCUCAGCCGUGCUCGUCCAGAUGUUCGACCAGCUGCUCUUGCUCGAAGCCCCCGGCAAGACGAUAUACUUUGGCCCGCUCGGGGAGGAUUGCCGCACCAUGGUCGACUAUUUCGAGAAGAACGGGGCAAGGCCGUGCGGGCGGGAUGAGAAUCCGGCUGACUGGGUUUUCAAUGUUACGGCCAGCAUGCAGAACUCAAUUGAGUGGGCAGGCGUGUGGAACGACUCUGCCGAGAAGGCUGCGGUGAAGCAGCAGCUCGCGAAGAUGAAGCGGACUUUCCGCGAGAUGGGCGCACCGGAGACGCAGACGCCGUCCCGUGAAUACGCUGCGAGCUUCGGAUCGCAACUGUAUAUAGUCAGCAAGCGGAGCUUCCAGGAGCUCUGGCGCACACCGACGUAUCUUUGGUCCAUGUGUUUUCUGUGUUUCGGAACGGCUUUCUUCAUUGGAUUCUCCUUCUGGGACUCACCCAAUAGCAUCCAAGGCCUGCAGAACCAGAUCUUUGCCAUAUUCCUGGUGUUGACCAUUUUCAGCAACAUCCAACAGCUGAUCAUCCCAAAGUUCCAAGAGCGAAGGGCACUGUACGAAGCGCGAGAGAGCCAAUCGAAAACCUACUCAUCCACGGUUUUCCUUCUUUCUAGCAUCCUUGUCGAGCUACCCUGGCAGACUCUUAUAUCCAUCACUUUAUUUGCCGUGUGGUUCUAUCCGACCGGCAUGUUCAGGAAUGCAACCGGGCCGGACGAGAAUGAGCGCGCGGGGCUGAUGGCGUUCUGUUUGUGGGCAUACAUGGUUUUCUGCUCGACCUUCUCAACAAUGCUUAUUUCAGGAAUGGAGGACGCGGGGACUGCAGUCCAGAUCGCGCAGCUGUUCUACUAUCUCCUGCUCAUCUUCUGCGGAAUCCUCGUGAGAUCAACGGCGCUCCCGGGCUUCUGGAUCUUCAUGUACCGCUUGUCACCCUUGACCUACCUGGCGGCUGCCAUGAUGGCUGCUGGCAUCGCCAAUGCGCCUGUCGAGUGUUCGGAAAUUGAGCUCCUCUCCGUGGCUCCACCGGCGGGAAAGACUUGCGAAGACUAUCUAUCCGCGUACCAGACCUACUCCGGGGGCGCUAUCAUCAACCCCAAUGACGUGGACAAGUGCAGGUUCUGUCCACUACAGAACACGAACAUGUAUUUGGAUUUGGUGGGCGUGGAGUACAGCCAGCGGUGGAGGAAUGCCAUUCUCAUGCUUGUUUACAUAGCAUUCAACGUCAUGGGUGUGUUUGCGUUUUAUUGGCUCUUUCGAGUGCCGCGAGGGCGGAAGGCAGACGGAAGCACAGAAGGAAAGAAGAGGAAGACAUAA